CGAAGGGAAUGAAGAACAAGCGGACACCACAACAGUAAUGCCGAGAAGGAGAAGGCCGGUCGUACAACAGCUCAGCAUUCGUCCCGCCCCGAGCUCCACCGUCACAGCGUGAACUCGCUCUCAUGUCCCUGAUGCGCCUCUUUUCAAGACGCGAAUCGACGGCCAGCACAGCCCACACGGUCAGCCAGGCCGGCACCACUCAGUUCAGCACCAGCCAGCUCUUCGACAAGGCCACCGGCGCGCCCACGUCACACAAAGGCCAUCACCGGGAGUCCCAGCAAGCCGCCACAACACCCAACAAGGGCGCCGGUCUGCCUCCCCGGCCCGACUACGGUCGCAUCAUAUGCGACUUACGCCAGCGACUGUCCGAGAGCCAGACAGCGUGUGAGGAGAAGGACGAGGAGGUUCGUUUGAAGGAUGAGCAGCACAAGGAGCUGGGGAGGAAGGUGGAGGAGCUGGAGAGAUGUGUGGGUGAGAAGCAGGAAGACGCCCGGGAGGCGAGGGAGAGGGAGGACAAGAUGAGAAGCCUCUAUGAGGCGGCAUGCAGGAAGGCCGAUGCCGACAUAGAGGUAGGGACACACAGCCAGACGGCCGUCAUCUGAUUUAUGUGUUAUCAUGCACCUUGUCUGUCUGUCUGCUUGUCUUCAGACGUUGACGGCCCACUUGGACCACGAGUAUCCCUGGCGUGAGGCCCUCGCCCAUCUGGCCACCCUCAUCCCCCCGACAGCCCAAUCACGUCACGCCGGAUCCGCAUCGGCCUCCCCCGCCUCCCGGUCAUCCGCCACACACACCAAUAACUACUUCCCCUUCAGCACCCUCCCCGCAUCCCUCUCACCCAAGAGCUCCAAGGCCCUCCAAAGCGAGGGCGGCGAGCCGCUCAGCCCCUCAACACGGCUGGACUUCCUCCCGCACAACGCCUCAGGUGAUGUGCGCGAGAUGGCGGCCAUGGUGGUCGGUGUGUUGGACGGCAUGCGCGAGUACGUGCGUGAGGUGGGUAUGGCCUGUGAGGGGCGGCGUGAGGAGUUCGAGCGGCUCAAGGAGGAGAACAAGGCGCUGCGGGAAGUGGUGGACGCGCCGCGGACCUGCAUCCACUGCGGGGCCAAAUACUCACUGCUUAAGAACGGACCGGUGAGAGGGAGAGGGAUCGGUGUGAGGGAGGGAGGGAGUGGUGGGUACAUCCAUCCAUCCAUUGAUUGGGGUGUGGUGUGGUGUGUGGUUCUGUCUGUGUGUGCAGGAGGAUUGUGUGUAUCACCCCGGCAAGAUGAAGUUCUACUCGUGCUCCAGCUGCGGAGGUAAUUAAGACAUAACAAGACACACAGCGCGAGCCGCAGCCAUGUCGCUUGUGUGUCGUUUGUUUGUCUGUCUGUGUGUGGUGUGUUGUGGUUUAGGCGCCAAGUACUUCACGUGUUGCAUGAAGUGCACAGAGUGCUCGGCGGGCUGCCGCACAGGAUACCACGUCUCGUGACCGACUGCAAAGGCUGGGGCGGGGCGGGCAAGAGAGAGACCGACAGCACAAAGGGUGUUGUUGUGAGAGAGGUGGGAUGGGAUGGGUGGGCUGUCAUGUCAGGUCGCAUCGACUGCUUCCUCGCGUAGCAAACGGCUGCUGUUAUUUUUGGCCGAAUGAAUGGUUUGAUCCAUGUAGCUAGCUAGCACUGGUUGCUGUGUGCGCGUGUGUGGGUCCAUGUGUGUCUGUCAGUUGUGUGUGCACUCACCUCACUGCUGGUCCGACGCGGUUGUACCAUAGCUGAUAGAAUAGGUUGGCUGGCGAGGGAGGGGGGGAGGGAGGGAGGGGGGUUUGACUAUGAGGGGGGGAAUAAGGUUGGGAUCUGUUGUGUUUGCACCAGCCGUUUGGUGCCUCUGUGUGGUGUGUGUGUGAGCGAUUGAUUUCUGUGGGUGAGAAGAAAGGUGUCUGUCUGUGAUUGCUGUGGUGUGCGUGUGUGCGUGGCUGACCUGAAUUUCUCAUUCAUUCAUGUGAAUGUGCUGCCUCUCCUGC